CGGCACAUCGAUAUAGUGAAACAAAAAACAAAAACACAGGGGAAAAUAAUAAUAAUUCUUCAGCUUUCGCAAAGCCAACCGUUGUUGUUAAGGUUUUGUUUAUUGGUAAUCUGUUAAUGAUCGGUUCACACCGACCGUCGUCCUCUCCGAGUGUUCGACAGUUUUUCGUCUCUCACUCCCUUUGUUUCAGGGCCUCGGAUCAUAAUGGUUGGCCGGUACAUUUUUUAAGAAACUAAGGGAUCCCCAUACCCAAUGUUUUGUGGGGGCAAUUGUUUUAUUGAUUGGUAUUCGUUCUUUCAAAAUGUUCACUGGUGUUUCGAUGCUUUGUAUUGGAAAUUAAGGUGAGAAUGUCAUCUACAACUGGGAAGCAAAGUAACAACACUGGACAGGAUGAUGAGGGUGAAGAAGAGGACGACGAAKUUGGGGACCUGGUGUCUGCCAUCAAUUACAACACCAUUAAUUAUAACACUAUAUCAUCUAUGGCAGUGCUCAAAGAAAUACUUGGAGCUCAAGAUAGUCCUGAAGACGCUGAUUGGUUUCAACAUUAUUUUUUGCGUCACGUUAAUCGUUUACCAUCACGAAGUCAUCAGUUUAUUGGUAGACGUCUUUCAGAAUGUAAAGAAGAAGAUGAACAUAUUGAAAAUAAUUUAAAAUCAACAUUGACAGACGACCAACUGAGUAGUGCUAACAUAAGUGCUAAAUCAACACCUCCAAUAUCACCAUUAUCACACCAUAGAGAUAAACAUUUUUUUGAUGUUAAUUUGGUAGAAAUGAAGUCUCAGGCAUCUUCUACAUCCACUUUAGAUUAUGAUUCAAUGGAUGAAGUAUGGAUUAAACGUAACGAUGCAGAAACAUCAAAACGUCGAACGGAACUUGGAUCACAACCUUUACCAACUACAGCAGAUGAUUCAGAUGGUCAAUGUGUAUCAAUCAACCGUCCGAGAUCUGGUACUUGGAGCAAAGGAGGUUCUGCUCCUGUACUCUUGCCUGCAGUGGUUGCUGCUCUGGCUAAAACUAAAAAAGGACCAGUUGGUGUGGAAAGACGUCAAUCUGGAGAUGAUAUUUUAGCUAAAGGYACUCCAAAAAUACAACCGUCAAAAAGUAAAUCACAACAAUUGCAAUCACAACUAGUCCAGCAAUCYCAAACUACCCAAAAAAAAAUGUCACCAAAACCUCGUUCUGGACAAUCUCCUUCUCAUACUCGUAAAACAAAUACACUUCUAGAUGCUUUUAGACCUAGAUCAAAAUCUGAUGCAGCAUCUAAAAAGAACAACACAAUUAUAUUACAAAUGAAAAACUCUAUUCAAAACACUCAAUCUACUGUUCAAAAAGUUUAG